AUGAUGAAAACUCAUUGUCAAGAUCUCAAUAUUAAUACUACCACCAAUACUAAUGAUUCUAUUAGAAGUCAAAAUGUCAAUGAAUCGGAUAGUGGUUGUAAAAAAGAGAGAAAUACUACCAUUAAUACUACAACUACUACUGAUAAUAGUGUUAGUAGUAUCGAUACAGCUAAGCAUAAAGAUCCUGUUGAAUCGACACACAUCAGUGGGAGGAAUACCACAGUAAUCCCAAAUUCAAGCCUAGAUGGUGAUGAUAAUGAUGGCGGUAGCCUUCUACAAAUCUCAAAUUUAAAUCCUAAUGAUAUUUCCCAGGAUUCUAGUCAAAUGGAUUGUUCUAGCGUAUCUCUAGAGCAUGGAAUUAUCACUGAUGAUAAUAAUAAUAAUGAUAAUAAUAGUAGUAAUGAUAAUACACCUCAGAUGACUUAUAUCACAAAUCCAUCGGAGACUAAUCAUCAAAUGGUAUAUGUUCCAGUGAGUAUAUUCCCCAACCCACUAACUCCAUUAUCAUCAAAUAUUCUAUUGACAACUGCUCAAAUGACCGCUAUGGCGGCUACUGCUAGCUCCCCUCCUUCUACUAAUAACAAUACUAUUCCUCAUCAAUUGCUCCUCUUACCACAGUUUAACACACUCCCAACAUAUUCUGUUCCAUCAAAUCCUGUUGUAUUCAAUAGUACUUUAUCAACAUUAAAUCAAUUGAAUAUGAAUCUGGUAAACUUUUUAAAUGUUAAUCGUGAUAUUCAUAAUACUAAUACUAUCAUUAAUAAUAAUAAUAAUAAUAUUAGUAAUGGACCUGUGGAGGUGUCUACAAAUUCCACUACUCUUUCUCCUCCCUCUCCUUCACUUCCUCUCACAACUGUUACAACACGGUCAAAUGAUGUUAUUUCAGAGAUUAAUCAGUAUAAAAAGGAGCCCAUGUAA